CGUGUUUGUGUGUGUUAUGGAGAUGAAUCGCAGGAUUGUAACAGUACUGUAUAAUGUUUGAAACAUUGACGUGGCUGUAGGCGGCGCGAGCGCUAGCAGCUGUCAACAUCACCUGACGCCGUGACGUCACACGCAGCACCCAAAAUGGCGGAACAACAACAACACAGCAGAGCCCCGGAGGAUGAGGACGAGGCGCACGAGAUGCUGGAUCUGACCGCAUGCGUCCGGACGCAGCAGUGGUGGAGCGCCGUGUUCGGGAGCAGCUCCGGACCCAUCGCCCAGAAACACUCGGUGACCACUCAGAUCCUGACGGGUGGAGCGGCCGGCUGGUGUGUGGGGUAUCUGUUCCAGCGUGUGGGGAAGAUCACCGCUACAGCCGUCGGAGGAGGACUCCUGCUGCUGCAGAUAGCCAAUCACAGCGGAUACGUCCAAGUCGACUGGAAGAAAGUGGAGAAGGAUGUUAACCAGGCAAAGAGACAUCUGAAGAAGAACACCAAUACAGCCGCACCUGAGAUCAACACGGGGGUGCCCAACCCUGCUCCUAGCUAUAAUCACAUGAAUGAAUGUUUUGUGUAA